UUUUUUUUGAAAAAAUCUCCUGCUGAAUCAUUGCGAUUCAUUCUUAUUCAUAAUCGCUUCAUCUCCUUCGUUUUUGUUCUUUUCGUUCCUCAUUCUUGUAAAAAGUAAUACGUGUGUCAUAAAUAAUUCCACAAUGGCACAGAAUGCUGACCAUGACAUGACCAGAGACCCAUCUAAUGUUCCACCCGUUGCUUCUCCAAGGCCUGGUGCUGUUGGAACUUUUGCAGCUACAACGUCAACUUCAGCCUCGGGCGGUGCUUACGACAAUUCCUCUUCCAUCACAAGUAAUAGCAGUAAUAACAAAGGCCCAGGUCAUAUAGCUGUGGGGCCUGGCUAUCGUCCAGCUCUGAAUGACUGGAAAUUCCCAAUGUCAUCUCGAGUCGCCACCCCAGCAGCCAUUGAGCACUAUCAAGAUACUACUACUACAACAGCAGCUGUAGCAACAGUAACAACAGUAGCAUCAUCAACCACAGCAGCAACCCUGUCCCCAGCAAUUGCUCAAUUGCAACAGUUUCCGCACCAGCAUCAACAACAAUCUUAUCCAUAUCCAUCACAUCCACAACACCAUCAACAACAGCCAGACUAUUUCAACUAUCCAAUGCCCUCUUACUCUUUGACAUCUCAACAAGAACUUCACCAACAGCUUCAUUAUCAACAGCAUCAACAGCCAAUAUCGUACUCGACCAGCAAUGCUAGUCAAUUUAGAGAUGGGAGUCAGACACCAAAAUCUCCGUAUUCUUUUAUUGGAUCUUCGGACGGUAUAUUUGCAGAGAAUCAGUUUAGUCAGCAGUUAGAUUCCUACAGUCAGCUGCAACAGCAACACACUCACCACAACCACAAUCAGAGUCAAGACAGUGUUGGAGCAACGUCGAUCGACCCACUACAAACACAACAGCAACAUCAACAACAGCAUCCAGGAACAUCUCAUCACCAUCCACACCCAUCUUAUUUGUACCAGCUGCAGCAACAUGAUGCUGCUCAGCCAGGGCACAUCCCUAUACCCGUUCCUGAUCCAGAGCUGCCACAAGAGCAGACUCAAGGCCCUGUUGCUACGUUAUCACCACAUCAAUUACAGACCCCAUCCGAGUUCGCUCUAAAGAUGUUAUUCACACAGUUUGUCAAAAUGGCCGAGGCGAAGCUCAAUGCAAUGGUGCACUUACCCUUGCAAGAUACAGAACCCGACAUUCUAUCACCUCUAAAGCAUGGAGUCGAUCCUAAGUUCGACAAGCUACUAGAGUCUCUUGGCUCUAUCGCUCAACAUCGACCCAAACCCGUUAUCGACUGUGUAAUGUUGUGGCGCAAAGGCAAGAUCGAAUCUUCAGAUGACCCUUCGAUCAAAUCAACUUCAGGAGAAUGGUCUGUAAACUUUAAAUUUAGAGAUCCAAAGACGGUCAUCAAGGAGCGAAAGUCUGUUGUGUCGUUGUUCAUCAUGUCGCGUUCUUUGAUUGAGAUCGUGCGUCAGGUGCAAAAGGACUCCUUACCGGAUGAACUCGGUUCACGCUUAGAAGAAACCAUUUUUAGUCAACUGGAAAAUGUGGAUCCUGAAUUCAUUCAGCGAUCAUCAAAUAGGAUGGCCAAUAUGAAUGUCUUGGUGGAGCUCAUGGGAUCACUUUCAAAUGUACGAUUUGCAACUGUGAGUGAUCGAUUUAUUGCAGAACUCGAGAAAUACAAAACUGGAGUACCCGUAAAAGACAAGGAACGGGAGCAACGCAUGGAAAUGUUGAUUCGAGGAAUGCGAUAUUUGAACCUGAAGCUGUAUCCUAUGUCCUCCUUCGAAGAAACAGCAGAUUUUUUGCAGAGCUGUGCAAGAUUUUUCAAAAUGGCUAGAGGCAUUAGGAUAAAGCACGCUUAUGCAGAGCUUUUUGUCCAACUUUUGACGCCCAUCGCAAAGGUGGCGCUAGCAGAAGUUAAUCACCCAAACUGGUCCAAAACUGUAGAACUUAUAUACCCAAAGGCUCGCAAAAUGACCAACAAACCAAGACAUGUCCAAGUGGCCCUCCCUCUCGUCACCAUAUUACUCUGUGUUAGUAAGAAGGACUUUUUCAUCAAGCACUGGCUCUCCGUAUUUGAAUCCUGUCGUGAGAAAUUCAAAGAUAAGGCAAUGCGACAGAUAGCUCUCAAUUGCGCCUCUCAACUGCUCUGGGUGUAUUUGUAUCGCUGUUCGGAUGCAACAGGAGGCACAUUUAGGACAUUGGACACGAUAGUUAGAGCGCUGUUCCCCCCUAAUCGAAAGUCGUCUGGUAUGGUGGAGGGCACCUUGGGCCAUUUUGUCCGGAUCGUUCACUAUAUAGGAUCACGCCACGCUGAUUAUGCCACACGGUCAAUUAUAUUUUUGUUACUAAACCUGGAAAAUUUGUCAAAUGUCAUCUUUACAAAUUUGACGAUGGAUAUGAUCUCACCAGAGCGGAUGACGAUUGCUGUGAGGUCUUUUAUGCUUAUUUUGGCAGAUCUGGAUAAAGGAGGGAGUAGUCAUUCACCGCCGUUCCCGACAGCCAAUGAUGCUGUCAAUGUGAUUUCAGAUUCACCCACGUCAUCUGAUCUGAUGGAGCCUGGUGUUAUCAAUCGUGCGGGCAUGAGGGAUACGUAUGAUCAAAUGACAGCUGUCCUCGGAAAGAUUGCUAUUGUUUGCGACCGCAACUAUGGCCAUACCUUAAUUUUGGACGAAAAGUAUACAACAGCACGGAGCAUGUUUUCUGCAGCGGCCCUUAAGGCAACGGCUACAGGCGAUGGCGCUGCCUCCAUUGUCCAUCAGUAUUCUACAUUAGCAGUAUCAUUCUCGAAAGAGAAGCAGGUUUAUUUUGAUUUAAUGGCCGCUUGGGUAUCGUGUCUCCCACGCUGUAUGCCUUCGGGAAUUCCUCUUGUGAAAUUGGUUGAAAUGCUUUCGAGAUAUACUGCCCAUGUGGAUCCUGAGCUUCGGAAAGCAUCGGCCGCUGCUCUGGUUCGUAUUGCAAAACAAUGUAACUCCCAGGUGGUCGUAGCUGGAUAUUCAGAGUUUGUUUGCACGGUUGAGGAUCGCCUCUCGGAACUAUUGGCUGGACUUAGUUUACCAGGCUCUAAUACUCCAGUAGAGACUGGAUUGCUGGGAAUCUACAUUCAGAUCCUGGAGGCAUGGAUUCAAGACACGACUAAUAGGAAGCGUAAAGAGCAAGAGGAGCAACAACAGCAAGAGCAGCAGCAAGGCCAAGAUACUGUCUCUCCAGGAGCUCUAGCUAGUCCUACAACAUCAACAGAAGGAUCACGAUCAUUCCCUUCCCAUGUACCUGAAGUGAGCUUAGCAGCACAGUUACAGACAACUGAGGAGAAUGGACUACUGUUCCUCUGCAACCAAUCACCUGUAAUUCGACAGUACGCCAUCUCCAUCCUAAAGAUAGCAGCUUUCUUUGACCGAGCAGAAGCUCAGAAUCUUGCUCCUAGCGGCGAACUCAAGGAGGCUGUCAUGCCAGCAAGUGUUUCUGUGCGACCACGGAUAGAAGUAACUAGGAUAUAUCAUUUGCUCCAGAAUGCUGUCCAGGAAUUACUUCAGGUUGACGAAUACGGCAAUGCUCUCAAGGAUUGCCCACUGGCGCUCUUUGAAUUAAUCCGCCUGCAAAUCCAUCAUCAAAAAGGCUCCAGCGAAGUGUUUUCAUUGCUAGCAGCGAGUGAACACGUGGUGGAUAUUGGUAUCUGGCGCUUUUGUUUUCCACUUUUGAUCGCUAAGAUAUUCCAACACUUCCCCAGUCUUUGUGAGCCUUGUCUCGACAUGGUGAGCAAGCGUUUAAUGCAACUUUACCCAGCUAUCGUCACGACGACGGAUCUUGCUCUCAACAGCACGUUAGCAUCCAAAUUUUCAAUCAAGACUACACAGGUGGCUACGGAUGAGAUGGUGGAGCAGUGGCGGACGUAUCUCAUCUAUGUUUGCUCUACCAUGGUCCGACAUGAGCACCCAUCGCCAGUCGCUCCUGGACAUGGGCGCAAGAAAUCUGCACCAACGGAGAAAAUCACAUGUGCGCGAGAUCUCUUCAGGCUAACUCUCCCACUAUUAAGCAGCGAUCGCCAUUCGAUCCGAGAAUCAGUCGUGGCUUCACUGGGAAGGAUCAAUGUAAAUCUAUACAAAGCGCUCUUAGAAGACAUUCAACCACUGCUUCAUUCUGUCCAUGAUGAAUUUCGGUCCAAGAGUGGAGGGAGCAGCAUCAAACCGCCUUAUCAGGGCAAACGCAACAAGAAAGUGGACCGACUACGGGCAGAGAUUGCUCAUAUUCUGGAUCUUACUGCGCCACUGUUGAGGAAGCCCGCCUUGGUCCAUGACGAACAUGUUACAACAAUUUUGAAAGGCUAUGUUCGGGAAACAUUGCUCUUCCUCCUGGAUACAGAAGUAAAGCACGAAUGGGAGUUUGUGAAGCUUCGAACACACUUUUGUGGAUUUAUCUGUCAUCUGUACAAUGGAAUUUCCCUGGGCGGCAACACAGAGGCCAUUAUCACUUUUGACUGGAGGCUGGCACUAUUUAAGCUAUUUGAGGAGUGGAGUGGCCAUGGUGGGCAUCAUUUGAGUCGUGAAGAUCAUAGCCAGCAACAUCAUAGUCAACAAGUUCAACAUCAACAUCCGCCAUCGUCACAACAGCAGCAGCAAUAUCAACAAACUCAUCAUCACUACAACCCAAAGUCGUUUUGGUUUAAUUUGGAUCUCAACAAUGAAACGCAGAUGGCAGAAAAAUCUCAGAUGGAACUAGCUGCACUUCGAGCCAUGGCGUCACUCUGCCAAGGACCCAUUAAUCCGCCGGCAGGGGCCCAAAAGCCCGGUAGACAGGCCUUCUUCAACAUUGAGGAGAUAUUUGGAUGGAUCGAGAGCGUCUACCGCAGCCCGGAGGAUCGCUUACAAGCAAUUGCACAAAACGCGCUCGAAGCUUUACUGAUUCACAACCAGGACAGAAGUGAACUAUUGGAAGAUGCUCUUCACCAGUGCUAUGCUGGAGAUAUGUCACAAAAAUUUAUUCAAGGGCAUUUCACAGCACUGGCCGACAUUGUUCUCAGGAUUGAAUCUUAUCCAUGCCAGAUUAACCAGAUGCUCUGCCUUGCGCUGUUCAAGUGUGGUGACUCCAAUAUCCAAAUACGUACUUUGGCUAUCAAACUUUUAAAAGUCAUAGAAGCCCGCUACUUCCCGGAGACCUGUGCGGGUGAAUAUGAGAUUGGGAUUGUCAACAAAUUGCCAACUAUCUAUCGUCAGGCUCAAUAUGUGUUAUCAGCGCGGCUGGCUCAGGAUCGACCAGAACAAACAUACCUGUUGUUGUCGGAAGCUAUGAUGCGGUUUGAUUUGGUCCAACCACUCUGGCGCGGCGAAAUGCUCUACUAUAUUGCACCAUGGCUCGGCAAUGUAGAAUUAGUAGUGGAUGGAGAAGAAGAGCUGAGCAUGACAUCAUUUGUGAUCCUAACAAACUUGUUUUACCUGACUGUCAAAUAUGGAGACGACCAUGUCAAAGAAAUAGAGAAUUUGUGGGUCCAGUUGGUGGCAGGAGAUAACUUCGCCAACAUUCGGCCUAUUAUCGUUUUUUUACUUGAUUUGGGUCUUGAGAAAAGGAAUCCCGAGUUUGUACACCCAGCCAAGAAGGUGAUUGUAUUCCUUGGACGAACCUCGGCUUGUUCUCGAAUGGUUGAUAUUCUGAUAAGCGAAAUUUCGCCCAAGGCUAUGGUGCCCAAGUUGAAGCAAGAUCGCAGCCAAGCUCAGCCGCCACUUGUAUCAUCAGAGUUUUAUCUGGCUAAUCUGGACAGUUUGAUGAACGGAAUGGAGAAGAGACCGGCAUUUUCGCGAGGCCAGCUUGCUACGGUGCUAUUGGUAGAUCUCGCGGUAGAAGCAGGAGCAGAGCUAAGACGUCAUCUACCAUUGUUACUGCAGGCGCUCUUUGUCCAGCUAGAUCAUUAUACAGCUUUAAUUUGCGAUCAGACUCGAUCUCUCCUUGUGCAUUUGAUCCAUUCCAUCAUUAUCCGAGAGUCUCGGAGCCUGGAGAUCAUUGAUCAAUCGACUGAACUAGUUGAAUUUUUGAACACAAAGGAAGGAAAGUCUUUAUGGGCAUAUGACGACAUCAUCUCACUCAACAACACUCGUGAAUCACUUGAGCUCGAGAGUUUAGUCUACCGAUCUGUUCAAGUUUUCCAGGCGUCUGAAGUCGAGAUCCGUCAACAAUGGGGAGAGACAGCACUUCAGUGGGCCACUGCCUGCCCUGUACGUCAUAUCGCUUGCAGAUCCUUUCAGAUCUUCCGGGCCUUGGCGCCAAGUUUUAACCAGCAUAUGCUCGCAGAUAUGUUAGCUCGAUUGUCAAACACAAUUGGAGACAAGAGUCAAGAGAUUCAGGCUUUUGCGAUGGAGAUAUUGAUCUCAUUGCAAUCGAUCAUUGAAUCAUUCGAUACUGCGAGAAUGAUGCAGUUCCCGCAGGUAUUUUGGGCUUCGAUCGCCUGCUUGUACACGGGACAUGACCAAGAAUACCUGGAAGGGCUUAAGAUUCUGGAUAUUGUCACUACGCGACUGGAUCUAAUGGACCCGCAGACGCUAGAGUUUUUACUAUCGUAUUUCCCAGAACAUUGGGACAGUGCAUUCAUGGGGAUCCAACCACUCCUGUUGAAGGGACUUCGGUCGACAUUGACGGAGCAAAUCUCGCUGCGGCUAUUAAGGCGGUUGAUGUUUGUAGGCGAGAAUGCAUUAAUCGACCCAUCAUACCACAGAUCUGUAUUCCUAUUUCUUGGGAUUCUGCCCAAGUUAGCAGAGGGAUUAGAAACCAAAGAUGUGAACGAGGAUUGUCUCCAGUGGGCCAGAGACGUUGGAGCGAUGGCAGAGAGAGAUGGGUACCACAAUAUUUCACGUUUAUUAGUGGUGUAUUCUAAGCAAAGAUUCCGGACCAAAGAAGACUUUUGGCGACAGAUAGCAGUAUUGAUGCAAAAUUUAUUCAUCCCCGAGUUGCAAGCCGAAAUGAUCUUGUUUUUCAUGCGACUGCUCUAUAAUAGCCAUCCAAUGUACAAGCACAAGGCACUGAAAUGUCUCAAGAUGCUCUUACCAUUAGUCGAGACUAAGCGAACCGAGUUUUUGGAAAUUGGUCCCGAGUUGGUGAUGCCACUCCUCCGAUUGCUCCUUCAGACAGAUUAUGCGACCGAAGCACUCGAGGUUUUGGAUGCAGUCAUGAAUUUGACAGAGCAAUCUACAGAAAUGUUCAAGAUCCGAGUACCUUUAGAUGUGCAGAGUCCAGGACCAGCACUAAAUUUUGAAGAUAUGACCAAGGGUGUUCUAGGUGGAGGCACCGGACUGGAAAGACGAUCAGCCAUGAUGUCCGCAGACCCUUAUUACUGGUCCACAUCCGCUACAUUGUCUGCAGAGGAUGCUACUUCACGUAGAGAAAACUUUUGGCAGAUGACUCGGGCGAAUGUGAACGCUGUGGUGCUGACAUGCACAGGCACCGGAUACUGGGGAACGGAUGUAGAGCUGCUGGCGGAGCAUGAGAUGAUGAAUUAUGGCCUUCCCAUGGGUAUAGCCGGAGGAUAUCCUGGAUACGGUCAUCAGGCAUUGAAUUUUGUGGAUUUGGAUGGCAUGCACAUUGGAACGGACGGACCAGCUGGUAUUUAUGGCCUUGAUCGUGGCCAAGUUCAGUAUGGCCAUCUAGUAUCUGCAUUGGAUGACUUGACAGAGCACUUUGCAGCGAGCGCUCGUAUAGGUGACGCACGGAAGCGAGAGAGUGUCUAUGUGGUUGCUGCUGCCGCCGCCGCUGCUGCUGCUGGAGAUCCGUCACUGCAAAAUCAUUGGAACUAUCGACAUAGCUUGCUAAUCUCAGACCCCAAUACCUUAAACUUGGACGGCACUACAGUAAUGGCUAGCAGCAUUAAUCCUUCUACUCCUGUUGGCUCUUCUACAAAGCCAGCUGGUGAUGGAUUAGGGUUGAUUACUGGUGAAGGAGGGGGAACAAGCGGAGGUGGGGUCGGAGGAGGUAUAGUCACAAGUGGUGCCUAUGGACGUAGUCAUCAACGGCAUUCCCGUCAUAGUAGCAGAGCGAGCAGAGAUGACUUUGGUGGAUUUUAUUUACCGCCUCAUGAACGAAUUGCAGAAGAUGAUGAGGAAGAGUCUUCAGCAUUGAUGGCUGUCGAAAUCCUAAAUAAGAGUCUAUCAAUCAAUCGGUCGUAUUCUUCAAUCCGAUCGUCGUUCCUGAUGGAGCCCUCAUCCUUCAAUAGUAGCAACAAUAGUAGUAACGAGGGCGCCGGCGCUAGUAUUGGUACUGGCGCUAAUAUUAGUAAUGGAGACAAUGCGGCAGAGGACAGUAUAGGAACAAUGAGUGCGAUUAGCACUAACAUUGAUACCCAUGCUAGAGAGGAGAUCGAUACUAGGCGUACAUCACCAACGUCUCAUAAGGACGAGGCUGCGAAGGCACUUGCAACCACAACCACGACUAUGGCCGUGAAGACAACCGCAAACACUGCAGUGCCAACUGCAGCCGGUGGGGAGCCAACAACAGGGGCAGGCAUCAAUGUCACAAGAGGCCCAAAUGGCCGAAUGAGAUUAUACGCACCGGGCUUUGGUCAUCGCACUCACCGAUCCUCAUCAGGUUCUGGUUCUGGAUCUGGUUUAGGAUCUGGUGGAGCAAGUGUAGCAAUGACUUACCACAACGAUGGUAUUAUUAACGGUGAUGAUGGUAAUAUAACCAUGAAUCUUAUGUCGACAAUGACGACAGCAACAAAGCCGCCUAGUUCAAGUGGCCAGCGACGUCGUGCUGGUAGCAGCAAUGCAGGAAGUAAUUCAAGUUCAGUGUCAGCAUUUAUAGCCAGUGGUAUGAGUGCCAGUAGCAGUGGCACUGGUACUGGAAAUUUUAUUAUCCGUGGACAUCGUGCUCGUACCAGCUUUGACGAUUUAUCACUAUCGUCAUCAGAUGAUGAUGACGAUGAUGAUGAGGACUCGACUGAUAGUGAUGAUGAGGAUUAUGAUGGACGAUUGUCGCAGCACACUAUCAAUCGAUAUGAAUCCAGGCGGACGCGCGAGGAUAGCUUUGCAAGCCAUCGUACUGGCAGCAGUAGAACCACUAGCAUUACAGGCAUUACUGAAACCGAAGGUACAGCUCUAACCAUGAUGUCGGCAGCGACGCGUGUCAGUAUGGAUAGCUCGGUCAGCCAACAAUCUGGAUCCAUGCCGCUACAGACUGGAGGGAGCGUCGAAGCAAUAGGGGCAACGAUGGCGAUGAUAGACGGAAGUGGUCGCCUGCCUACGUCACAUUCAGGUUCACAUGCAGGAUCUCGUCCUGAGUCCAGAGCGGGUUCUCAUUCAGGAUCUCGGUCUAGGCCGGGAUCAACAUCAUCCAUAUCUGGGAUAAAUUCGAAUAUAAACAUGGAUAUGCACUCGAGCACGAACAUGAAUCCAACUACAACAAAUUCAGCGACAACACGGGUGAUAGAUAGAAUGACAUCGCGGUUUGUGGGAGUGACAGGGAAUGAAGGGUUCUCACAAAAAUGAAGUUAGCCAAUAAGACAUACAAGUAGAAAUGUGAAAUAAAUCAAUCAUCAAGGCUG